GCUGCCGGACCCCGAGCCAAUCGGCUUUGUCAUGGAUGACCCAGACGCCGAACAUGCGCGUCAGAGGCCGAGUGAUUUCGUCGACGGUGAUCAUGACGGCGCACAGUAUUCAAGACUGUAUAUAAAUCGCUGCAUCCCACUCUGAUGUUCUCUACUUGAUCAUCUUUCCUCCUGACUAACAUGUACCCCUACUAUCACCGCUACUACUUCCGUGGUCCAUCGCGCAUCGUCUGGUUCAUCCUCGGCGCAGGUGCUGCUACUUUCUGGAAUUGCAGUCGCCAUAUGCGCGAACACCGUGCACAGUACUUCCCUUGCGUCAUGCAAGCACCUCGCGUAGAAGGGAGCGGCGAACAAUCUACUCCCCCUGUCUACUCCAAGCCUGACGCUCCUGGGCCAGCACCUCAGGAACAUAGGUGGAACUUCAUCCAUAGGAGUCAGCCUAACCGCAAUGGUGAUGGAACCGCGGGUUGGAAUCAACGAGAGUGGGAGGAGGACAAGGAACGUCUCAAGGAGAUUCAGAAGCGCGCCGAGGAUGCGAUGCUCGAUAUGUCGGAAUCCACUCUAGAGUCCAUCGUCUCUACCGUGGAAGCACUGAAAACCAAACUCGCCCAACACAAGACCCAACGCGAACAAGAACGAAAAAACUACGAGGAAGAACUCGAGAGGCAAAAGAAAGAACCUCGUCGAUAUGUUUAAAUCAAACAACUGUACACUACAUUUGUACAUCAUCACCCCUCCCUCAUUAUCCUUUCAAUUGGAUUUUGAGAUUGUGAAUAACCACUAGAUAAUGAUGCACGCUCA